AUGAAACCAAGAAUUACUCUCUUAGGAUCCAUCAUCACUGUCUGCUUAGUCGGGGCAAUGGACUCCUCCUUAAAUAAGGACUCAGAGGUACUAUCAGACUCCUCUCUUCUGAGCAGCAUUAGUGAAGCCAGGCAGCUGGUAGACACAGCAUAUUUACAUGCCCGAAAAAGCUUAAAGAGAAAACUAGAGGAAAAUGUUGCCAACCCAAUGGAUUUCCUGAAGCACUUAAAGGACCCAGCAGGAAGAACGAGAUCUGCAGUCCGUGCUGCCGAUUACUUGGAAACUACUUUGAAACUCCUCAAAAUAAAGCUGCGUCUCUCUGGGAAAUGGAGAUGCAAUGUUACAGACCUCCUAGACCAAAAACAGAAAGAGAUGAUUUCCAAAGAAACGGGCUGUGACUAUCAGAUUCGUUCCAUUAAAUGCCCAAAUCAUGACAUUUACCGGACCAUUACUGGGGAGUGCAACAACAGAAAGCAUUCUCAUCUGGGGUCCUCAAACCGUGCGUUUGCUCGCUGGCUCCCAGCAGCGUAUGAAGAUGGUGUGUCUGUUCCCAGAGGAGCAAGUGAAGGAAAGCUGUACAAUGGAUUUCCACUCCCGCUGGUUCGAAAAGUGUCAAAUGAAAUUGCUUGCACAGCCAACAAGAACGUCACUCAAGAUCAAGAGCUCUCUCUUGUCUUCAUGCAGUGGGGCCAGUGGGUCAACCAUGACAUAGACUUAGCCCCUUCCAGCGGUGCAGGAGCAAGCCCAGAGCUUCACUGCGAGAAUGAUUGCGCCUUCAAGUCCCCUUGCUUCCCAAUUAAGUUUCCCCCUGAUGACCCACGGAUGCUGAGGUCGAACUCUUGCAUGCCAUUCAUCCAAUCGGCAUCCAUGUGCAAUCCCAGGACAUUUACUCGUGAGCAGAUCAAUGCUGUCAGCUCAUUCAUCGAUGCCAGCACGGUGUACGGCAGCGAAGACUCUGUGGCAAAGAGUAUUAGAAAUCAGACAAACCAGCUAGGUUUGAUGGCUGUGAACCAGAAUUUUACUGAUGCAGGGCUGGAAUUAUUGCCCUUUGAGAACAAAACAAAAAGUAUUUGUGUUCUCACCAAUGAGAGCAUGAACAUCCCCUGUUUUAAAGCAGGUGACAAACGGGUAACUGAAAACCUGGGACUUUCUGCACUGCACACUGUCUUUCUACGCGAACACAACCACCUGGUUACAGAGCUGAGGAAAUUAAAUCCUCACUGGGAUGGAGAAAGGCUUUACCAAGAGAGUCGAAAGAUUGUAGUUGCCAUAAACCAGAUAAUAACAUACAGAGAUUACCUCCCACUUCUGCUUGGGGAGGAGACCAGAAAGUGGAUCCCUUUGUACAGUGGCUACAAUGACAAUGUGAAUCCUACAGUCUCAAAUGUUUUUUCCCUGGCUUUCCGAUUUGGUCAUACGUUAGUACAGCCUUUUGUAUCCCGUCUGGAUGACAGUUUUCAGCCUUUGGGUUCAUUCUCUCGUGUCCCUCUUCAUUUGACCUUUUGCGCCACAUGGAGAAUUAUAAUGGAAGGUGGCAUUGAUCCACUGAUACGGGGCAUGGUGGUUGAUCGUGCAAAACUGAUGAAACAGAAUCAACUGCUUGUUGAGGAGCUCCAGAACCACCUUUUUGAACAGACAGAGAUAAUGGGUCUUGAUCUAGCAGCCCUGAACAUGCAACGGGGAAGAGAUCAUGGCCUUCCAGGUUACAAUGCCUGGAGGCACUUCUGUGGGCUCUCCCAACCUCAAAACGUAGAUGAAUUCUCUGAGGUGCUAGGCAAUUCCAAACUGGCCAAGAAGUUCAUGAAGUUGUAUGGGACACCGGACAAUAUUGACCUCUGGAUUGGGGCAAUCGCAGAGCCCUUUGUUCCCCAGGGCAGAGUUGGACCCCUCCUGGCCUGCAUCAUUGGCACCCAGUUCAGGAACCUGCGUGAUGGGGACAGAUUCUGGUGGGAGAAACCAGGAGUUUUCACUCCGCAGCAGUUGCAUGCACUGAGAAAAAUCUUACUGUCAACAGUGAUCUGUGACAAUACUCAUAUCAAAAAGAUACCCAGGGAUGUGUUCAAGAUCAACAGUUAUCCGGAGAACUUUGUUGACUGCCAUGAGAUCAACAAGCUCAACCUCUCACCCUGGAAAGAUGAGCCUCAGAGUGGCACAAAAGUUUCUAAUUCUGCUCAUCAGACCAGCACUGGAAACUCCUAAUGAUGGCACUGAGCUGCUCUUGGGAAAGUGCUGCCUGUACAUCAUGCUCAGCUGACUGCUGUCGACUGAACCUUGGCACAUGAUUUCCCAGACAGGGGCUCAAGACUAUGUCUACUGUUUUAUUUGCUGUACUGUAAUUUUUAUAUCAUUUAUUUGUAAAAGCUUCCAGUAAUGUAAGUCUUCAGGUGGAAAGGUAAUGGCAUUUUAUUGUCUGUUGCCCUAAAAAAAUCUUCAGAGGUGGGCAAGAGCUGGUUAGGUGCUGGAUGCUUUAUGACUCUCUAAAGGCACAAUCAAGACAAAUUUUUUACUUCCCAUCCUGAAUGGGUGUCAAAUCUGGAGGCUGGUGUGCUUGCAUUUAAAAUCAAAUUCCUUAUCCUUUGUACCUGUUCAGAAAUUAGCAAGUUCAUGUAAUCUUUAUCAAAGCUUUUCUUAUCUCCUUCUUGUUUUGCACAAGAGCGCAAACUGUUUAGGCUGUUUCUAAUUAGUAGUGAGAUUUCAGUGUUUGAAGACACUGGAGAAUGGCAGCUGCAUCUUGAAGCCUAGAGACAUCUUUUAUUUAAAUCCUAUAGUGAACAUGUGUGUGUUUGGGUGUGCUGGGCAGUAAUAAAAUACAUUGUAUGCACUCACCUACAUUUGACAUCAAUUCUGGUAUGUCAAACGUGUCCAAAAUAUUCUUUGGCUAUGCUUCAUAGCUAAACGUAUCAGCAUAAAAAAGCAAACCAUAAGCUGGCUGGUAUGUAAACUACAAGAAU